AUGCGCAUAACAUUAGCCAUAUUCUCGCUAGUUGGUGUACUCGCAGUAUCGAUAGCCGCUGCUACAUCGCCCAAUGUUGCGGUAGGCUGCAAGGCGCUGCAAACACCCCUUGGGAAUUCGUUGUUCUUCGCCAGCAGCAUUGUUUACAAGUACGAGGCAGCGAACUUCUGGUCGAACACGGAGCUGAUGGAUCCUGGCUGUGUUUUCCGACCGCAGUCCAGCGCGCAGCUUGCGGAGGGCAUUGUGGCGCUAGCCGAUGCCAAUGCUCAGUUCGCUGUUCGGGGUGGUGGACACAUGGGUAUUCGGGGCUCCAAUAACAUCAAUGAUGGCGUCUUGAUUGUUAUGUCGAACUUGACUACUUUGGAGUUGUCGAAGGAUCAGUCCAUUGUGUCCAUUGGUCCUUCUCACCGGUGGAGUGAUGUCUACGAAUACCUACAGAAGUUCGAAUUGACCGCUGCCGGUGGUCGUCUCGGCCCUGUCGGUGUGCCGGGAUUGCUCCUCGCUGGCGGUGUCAAUUUCUACGGUAACCAGGUUGGCUUCGGCUGUGAUACCGUUGUCAACUACGAGAUUGUUCUUGCUGAUGGCUCAAUUGUGGAAGCUAACAAGACGAGUCAUCCGGAUCUGUUCUGGGCCUUGAAGGGUGGAAGUAGUAACUUCGGCAUCGUCACCCGGUUCGACUUGGAGACUAUUAAGUCGGCCAAGGUAUGGGCUGGUGCGCACACCGUGUCCGCUGAGCACAUAGAUCAAUUUCUGGCGGCUGCGGCUACCUACGCAUCUGAAAUCUAUGACCCCAAGACGCACAUUGUACCAGCUCUUUUGCCCGGCGAGACUACUCUCGCCUCCGUGAUUCUGUUCUACGACAGCGACACUAUCAGCUACCCCGAUAUCUUCAAACCGUUCACCGAUAUCCCGGCUAUUAGCAGCACCCUUGACUUUAAGACGGUCGCCGAAUUUGCCGCAGAAACAGCCGUAGUGGUGAUUGAUGGUAUCAAUGAUGUAUUUGUCGCCGGAACUGUUAAGGGCACAAGCUACAAGGAGCUCCUCAGUGGAAUCAGUAUCAUCAACCAAACCUUCUUCAACGAGCUCCCCAAGCUGUACGCGCAGGUUCCUACCGCCAACAUCUCCACUAUCCAGCUGGACUGGCAACCUAUCGGCGCCGACUGGAUGAAGGCCUCCGAGGCUCGUGGCGGGAAUGCCCUCGGCCUGGACUCCGCGCAUGUCUACCUCUGCUACGCGGAGGUGGUUGAGUGGAUUGGGUCGGCUUAUGAUGAAAUUGUCGCUUCCUGGGUUGAAGAGACAACGUACAAGAUUAACAAUGCUACCCAGAAGGCCGGCCUCCAUGAUGCAUUUAACUACAUUGGUGAUGCUGCUGGAUUCCAGUCUAUCUUCCCUGGCUAUGGUGCGGAGAACCACAAAAGGCUCCGUGAUAUUGCGAAGAAGUAUGAUCCUCGGGGUGUUUUCCAGACUCUAAUGCCUGGUGGAUUCAAGGUUUAG